CGCUUUGCGCGCAACUCGUGGACCCGCGGCUUCCAUCCGUUUGACUUUUGAUGUAUAUAUGAAUACAGCAGUUUGUUCUCGCUUUUAACAGAAACCAUCAUGGUGCGCGGAGGGGGCCUGCUCGUUUCGCGCGCUCACGCGCUCAGGCGGUGCGCCGGAGGUACCCGGGGGAGGAGUGAUGAUCUGAUGCACGCGCCGGACCGCGCGUUGCUACGUGCUUAACCGGUCCGAGGGUAGCAGCCGCGUACUCGCCCCCCCCCCCCCCACCACCUCCAACCCCCCUCCCAUGGAGAAGCUCCCGCUGCCCGUGGCCACGUGGAGGACGGAGGAGGGUCCGAAAGAGGACAUCAGCCAGCUCUCGGACCAGGAGCUUCUGGGCUGGUCCAAGGAGGAGCUCGUGCGCAGGCUGCGGAGCGCCGAGACUCGCAGGAUGAGCGCGAUGCUGGACCACAGCAACCUGAUGCGGAAUGUGAACCGCAGGCUCCAGCAACACCUCGGCGAGAUCCGCGAGCUCAAGGAAGUGAACCGCAGGCUCCAGCAGGACAAUGAGGAGCUGCGCGACCUCUGCUGCUUCCUGGAUGACGAGCGGCAGAAGGGCAGGUGUGUGUCGCGCCAGUGGCAGCGUCUGGGUCGCUACGGCUGCGCCCUUCUGCGCACCGAGCUGCCCGUGUGUCUGCGGCGGUUGCAGGAGCUCGAGACGCGUCAGGAGGAGCUGCUCAAGGAGCUCUGCGUGCUGCUGGAUGAGGAGAGGGGCCCCGCGGGGCCGCAGGGGGCCCCUCCGCCGCGGGACUUGGGUGACGGCAGCAGCGCGUCUAGCACCGGCAGCACGGACGGCCCCGACCGCCCCGACCGUCCGCAGCACGAGCGGCAGCCUGCGGGGGGCGCUGCGGACCGCCUCCCCGAGCAGCACCCGGGGGCGGAGCCCUCCCGCCCCGUGGGCCCCCACCGGUGCAGCGACAGCACGGGGGGUCCUGAGCCCGAGGGCACGAGCGCGUGCAGCGCCAGCCGGGGUCACAGGAAGCCCGCGGGGGACGAGCUCUCGCCGCAGCACUGCAGCAUCUACAGCGGUACGAAUGCCCUCAUAUCAGCCAGCUGCUGCACCACUGCCUGCAGGAGCGUGAAGCUCUGGGACAGCUUCGAUGCAUCCUGACCUUUCCCUUCGCUGACAGACAACAUCGGUGCAAGGAUCGCUCCCAUGCUGCCAGUGGACUUUGUUGUCCUCCUCCUUGUUCUGGACGCUGUCCAUAGAAACCCUUGGCUUCAGCCCUGUGGACGUGAGCAGACGGGAAGUGCUGGAUUCCUCUCAGACCUACCUCCUCGGGAGCGAGCACUUGAACACACCCCCCCCACUGUUCACAGCUCUGACUCUUCUGGGGAUCUUCUCAGGGGUCCGUCUUGCUGGCGUUUCUACAUCACGGCGUGUGUCCGCUUUGAGCCCCGCUGAGGGAGUUAGUAAGACACACCUCCAAGGGCAUAAGCUCCGCCCCUAAUAUGUCACAUACCUUGUCUCCUUGCAUAUUUUUUAUUUGUGCUGUGAGAAAUAACAGAAAACAAAUAUGGCAAAUGCAAAUGAGCUCCUUACUUUUCUAUAUACUACUAUAGUGAUGAUGAUUAUUAUUAUUAUUCUUAUUUAGAAAUUACAAUAUUAUUAUUACAAGCUCAGUUAUGGAUGUAUGUAUGUAUGGAGCCAUAAAAUGUAUGAUUCUAUAAGAUACAUAAAUAGAAAUUUUUUGCAUGGGAGCCUGGAGGAGGGUCUGCUUUCUCCACAGUUUCAGCAACACGUAAGUCUAUACACACACACACAGAGGUAUUUCAGCAAACACAAAUACUGCAACAUACUGGUCGUCCAAAAACUUCAUAGGUUCUCCAUUUUCUCCCUGAUGUGGUGGAAUGAGUGUCUUUUAUCCCUCAAAGCUGCUGAAUCCCUCCCACGUUGGAGAAGGGUCUCGAACCCACGCCCUUCAGAGCCGCUUCUCUCCUGAGCUCCUGCCAUGGAGUCCAACACCACCUGCUAUCAUUAUCUAUGUAUUUUCUGUUUGAAUGUCACCUCUAUAGGAGCUGCUGGAGGGAUGUGAUCCCACAGUGUGGUGGUGCCGCACGCAACAGCGACAGCAUGUUGAUGACCUGAGCUGUAGCUCAGUGGCUGAAAUGAGGACAGCGGGCAUUCGGGGUCGUCUUGUGAGUCCACCUCUGCGACUGUGUAUUUUUAGUACUUCUAGUAGCGUCGCUCUCAAUGAGCCACCGGGAGCGGGACAGCAGGGUGGGGGGGUCCAAAUAUGGAACCCCAGGAGCUCGGGUCGCUCGCGCUCACCUCAGGGGCCCCCAGUAAUCCAGGGCACUACGACCGGUGCCUGAGACAUUCGGUCUGUUUGUUGGACUCGCUGUGGACUGCAGACACAGACACGCGAUCU